AUGACGGCCUCGCAAGGCCUUUACCCCCAGAUUCCACCACAGUAUGAGACCCGCGACCAAAUAAACCCUACCUUGAUGAUGAGUUGGUGGGCCACGGCCUUCUCACUUGCCAUAAUCGUCGUCCGCCUUUGUGGUCGAUAUGUCCGCAUUGAGAGAUUCUUCCCCGAGGAUAAGGUUAUGAUGAUUAGUGUGAUCCCAUUAACCAUCCGCAUGGUCCUGAUCCAUUUUGUCCUUAUCUGGGGCACCAACAAUACCCAGAUUGGACAGGUAACGAGAGAGGAAAUAUCGAGGAAGGAAAUGGGGAGCAAAUUGGUUCUGGCGGCUCGGAUCUUUUAUGCUAUCUUUAUCUGGACGGCCAAGCUUACUGUUUGUGAAUUUCUCAAACGUGUCACGGGAAUCGUCACGCGCCGCUCCAUCUCGAUCUUCCUACGCUUCAUUCAUUUCUUCCUCAUAUCAACCCUGGUCGCCGUUAUAAUUGCGACACUAGCCGAAUGCCAGCCUUUCGAACAUUACUGGCAGGUGAUUCCAGACCCGGGACCUAGCUGUCGGAGUGGAUAUGCCAACCUCAUCACGAUGGGUACAUGCGAUGUCAUCACGGAUCUACUUCUGAUCGCCUUCCCCGUCCCGAUCAUUCUCAUGGCUCAAAUCCCACUCAAGCGUAAACUUGCUCUCACCAUCCUAUUUUGUCUCUCCCUGAUCCUGGUCGCCAUCACUUGUUACCGGGUUCCGUCGGUAAUCAAACAUUCCGGCUCGCAGCAAUACCGCUCCCUGAUUGCAUCGUUCGAAAUCCUUGCCGCCACAGCUGUCUCGAACAUGGUUGUCAUCGGUUCCUUCGUCCGGGAUAGCGGUGUCAAGAAACUCAAGUAUAAACGCGACCAAGGCUCUGCAUCCGUCACCGAAAGCAUGGAUAAUAGCACCGUGCGGCGUAAUACCGUCAUGCAGUCUCAUUGGGGCAGCGACUCCGAUCUUGCCGCCGGCAUGGGAAUAAAACUUGACCCCAAACUAUACUCCUCUACCCCCGGAGGCAGCAUACCAGUCUCCACCCCCCCCUUCGCCCGCACCGGCUCCAUCGACCCAUCCUGGUCCUUCAACCAAGGACGCUCCUCGGAUGACCAGGCCUCGUCGCCAGACAGCCUUGACAUCAAGGUUAGUCCACGCGAGUACAUACAAACCAAUCAAUCACCACGAGAAAGAGCAACCACCUCAUCAUCAAACCUCUCAUCCCGUCGCGUCUCUUUCUUCGACGUGGGCGGUCUUCUCAACCAAGAGGAGCCUCGAACCCAACCUACCUCUCGUCCUUUCACCGUCGUCUCAUCCCACCCCUCGUCAACCAAUCUGGAACCCCGGAGAAAUCGACGUGGCAGUCGAGCCUUCCUCGAAGACCUCGGUGUUCUCACACCUCGCCCAAUCUUAACCCCUGCGCAGAGAGCAUAUACUUCGCCCCCUGCGUCGGGUAUUGUAUUACACACUCUGCCGCCCUACCGAGUUUCCCCGUCGUCGUCUCCCUUGACGUCGACGUCGAUGUCGAACUUCAAGAUGUUGGGGGCCUCUUGUCCCGGAACAGGACGCCCCAUUCAUGAUGCAUACUAA